UAAGCGAAAUUAAAGUGUCCCGGGCACCAAGCAGAGGGUUGAGGCUGCAGCCCUGCGUGUCGGAGGGAUUGCCAAUGGUGCACUAUGACAGAUAGUGCUGCGCGUAUCUGCAGUAGGCGCCCCUCGUACUAGCCCCGUGUUGGAUUCGCAGGAUUUGGCGCAAUAAAAUAAAAUAUAGAAAAUAAAAAAGAAAAUUGGAUUCUUGCACUGGUAUCGCAUCUUGGAGGUUUUGUUUCAAAGACCCAUGGCCUUUCAAUGUGAAGGGGCACACGUAUGAAGAUGCCCUGCGGCUGAGGCCGAGAAUGCUUUCAAGCAAACGCUCGACGGGAGCGUGGCGAUGAGAUGGAUGGAGCCAAAGACCAACCAGCUCCCACAUCCCAGCAUGUCCAACGGCGGCAAGUCCCCCCCGCAGUCGGGAGAAGCUGCAGGAUCUAACUCUAUGGCAUGGGUGAAGAUGUUUAAGAAGCCUGGCGGAGGAGGCCUAAAGAAGUCCUACCAGCCAGGCAGCAUGUUAUCUCUGGCGCUCACCAAAGGCCUCCUGAAUGAACCUGGGCAAAAUAGCUGCUUCUUGAACAGUGCUGUUCAGGUGCUUUGGCAGCUCGACAUUUUCAGAAGAAGUCUGAGGCACCUCUCAGGGCACUUUUGUCUGGGUGAUUCCUGCAUUUUCUGUGCAUUGAAGAGCAUAUUCAGCCAGUUCCAGCAAAGUCGUGAGCGUGUGCUACCCUCAGACAGUUUGCGUAACGCCCUCGCUGAAACCUUCAAAGACGAGCAACGCUUCCAACUCGGCCUCAUGGACGACGCUGCCGAGUGCUUUGAGAAUAUCCUCGAGCGAAUUCAUCUGCACAUCGUCUCAGACACGGCCACCGAGUCCUGCUCGUCCAAAUCUUGCAUCACCCACCAGAAAUUUGCCAUGAUGCUUUACGAGCAGUUUGUGUGUCGGUGCUGCGGGGCGUCGUCGGACCCCCACCCUUUCACAGAGUUGGUACACUACGUUUCGACGACUGCUCUAUGCCAACAGAUGGAUCGCACAAUGGCGAAGGCCGAGCGUCUCAGGUCGGACAUGUUUGGAGAAUUGCUGCAGGCGGCAAACAACACAGGCGACCUACGUAGCUGCCCCAGAGACUGCGGUCAAAGCAUCAAGAUCCGUCGGGUACUCAUGAACUGUCCGGAGAUUGUCACCAUCGGAUUCGUUUGGGACGCAGAGCAAUCCGAUUUGACGGACGAUGUCAUCCGCUCGCUUGGCCCACGAUUGAAUUUGUGUGGACUUUUCAACCGCGUCACGGAUGAAAACGCCAAACGGAGUGAGCUCCAUUUGGUGGGAAUGAUUUGUUUCUCCAGCAAACACUACUCAGCCUUUGCCUAUCACACCAAAUCUUCCAAAUGGAUGUUUUUUGAUGACGCCACUGUAAAAGAGAUUGGCUCUAAAUGGAAAGAUGUGACUUCCAAAUGCGUCAGGGGACAUUUUCAACCACUUCUUCUGUUUUACACUAAUCCCGAGGGGACGCCGGUAUCUAACGAGGAUGCGCCGAGGCAGACCACCAUGUGUCCUCGAUAUAAAGGUCAAGUCAACGGUGAGACAUCAGUGAAAAAUCCCCUUGGCAGUCCAAGCAGAUUCCAGGAAGCUUUUAUGGAAAAUUUUCAGAGAGUCGGUGAAACCACAAAAAAGGACAGAGGGCACACAAGAAUUGAUGCAUCACAACCCAAAGACAUGACACACACUAGAUCCUCGUCUCCUCCUGAGAAUGGCCCGAGGGAGCAAAAAUAUAAAAGCUACUACCCCCGCAUGGACAAGUCAGCCAGUUAUUCGGGCAGACCCUCCCAGGAAGCCCGCGGGCAGUCCCGACCCACGCAAGCCGGCAGGAAGAGCCAUCUCUCGCCCAGUCGCUCCGAUCAGGACAGCUCCCGGGAUCAAUGGGAAAACGGCGGGAGCGGAGGAAGCCGGAAUAAGUGCAAAUCUAUUUGGAGACCCGUCCGCGAGGUGCUAAACGUGGACACUGUACUCAACGAGCUGGAGCAACGUCGUCAACAGCAACACGACAGCCCUCGACGCGCCAAGACGGAACAAAGUCGGGAGUACGCGCGAACCAGGGAUGAUCGCAAGCAGAAGUGUCUGAUGACCAUUUACGAGGACGAGCAGCGUCACGAGACGGAGAGCCACAGCUCGGUGGAGUCGGACAGCAGGGCCACGCAGCAGAGGGGCGGCAGGUUGACGGGGGGCGCCAAGACGCUGCUGCGGAGCGACACCUGGACCAUACAGAGAACCGAGUCGGGAUACGAGAGCAGCGACCGGCUCAGCAGCGGAUCCACCAAUCCUGACUCGCCGGGCGUCGACGGAUUUGCGGUUAAAGAGCAGAGGUCGGCCACGGAAACACAGUUCCAAAGCCAUCUUCACCCAAAGGCAGGCGAUGCAAAAUCCAGCGUGCCGUCCUCACCGUCACACAAUGGCAAACAUCAGGCGAAAUCUCAGGGAAAGAAUCACGACCAGGUUUCACAUUCACAUCUUAAAUGCAGCCCGGGUUCAAGGCGUAAAUGCAAGUACACGUCGUCCAGUACUUGCAGAAAACCUUGCGAGCGGGACUGCCUGGCUGCAGAUAACAGGCAGAGUGAGCAGCAGGAGCUGACAAGCGGUCGAGGCCACGCGGGGGAGUGCUCGGCCUCGAGGCACAUCACCAAGACCAGCAGCUCCGAGUGGAACAGCUCAGACGACCUCGCCCUCUCCGAGCCCGAGGACAGAGACUCUUGCCGCUCCGGCGACGCCGCCGCGUCCGACCCGCAGUGUCCUCACGUCCCCCCGGCGUAUCGCCACUCUCCCGGCAACGACCCCCAGCGGCAGCUCGGAGCGCCGGGUUCGGCCUCGCCUCACCUUCGACCCGGCCAGCGGCUCUCGCCUCAUCAGGACGAACCGAGCGACGCCGCUUUCCGGCCCAGGACGCUUCAAGAACCCUUCCAGGCAAGCCCUCGUCACAGGAAACCCGAUAUCUCCGGCCUGCGGACCUUCUCGGACGCCAGUUCCAAGUCGGGCUCCGACCCGGAGAGGAGCACGCCGUCGUCGUGCGAGAGCGAUGACAGACCCAUGGCGGGGUGCCGAGCAGAGCGGGCCCCCAGCACUCAGGAGGUUUCUCUCACCACCUACUUCAACGUGGACAACUGCAUGACGGAAACGUACCGCCUCAAGUACCACAACCAGAGGCCUCUGCUGCUGUCGGCCACCGUGCCGCGAGCCGCGGGCCCGUCUGAGCGCAGGGACGCCUCGCACAGCCUCUCGACUGACACGCAAGAUGCGUCCAAAGCCAAACCUGAAUCAAGCAAUACGAGCAAUAAACCCACCGCAAAAUGGAACCCAGUGACAACCAAAGGUUUGGACGAACGAGGCUUUUUAUAAGUCGACCUGUAUUUUUUUUUUUGUUUACAUGCAUUUACUGUGCAGUCAUAUGAGAUUGAAAAUGAAUGCCAAAGAGUUGACAGGGGUGGAUACAAACUAUGUGGACAAAAGUGUCGGGACACCAUGUUGUCACACCUGCAGGGAAUGAAAAUGUGCUGCUCUAAAGCGUCAGAGGGUGUCACAAUAUUGGACUUGGCAACAAGUUGGUGCGGAUGUUAUUGAGCUCAAAUACACACUGACCUUAAGUGGGAUACACACAAAACAAGGUCAGCAAAGAGCAGUAAGCACACACUUUUCCCCGUUAUACACGGGGGGGGGACUCACAUUUAACAGUUGAGAAUGCUAAAAAUAAAUCAAUUCAUCGUGAGAUAUGUUGUCAGGUUUAAUGUUAUCUCGGGUCCGGCGGUCAAUUGCAAAGUCGACACUAUCGCAGUUUUUACGACAUUGACCGGUCACAUUGUGUCACUCCCCCUUAUCGCUUCGUCCAAAAUGGCGCCACUUUAUCGCUUCUUUUAAUGACCUGCCUGCGUUAAUGAGUGACGGACGAUCAUGCCGAUGUGUCAAUAACCAUUUUAGCGAUUAAAAAUAGAUUUCAAAGCCUCCAUGUUGGGGCUAUGUACAAAUAAGUUGCAUGCCAGCAGCCCACAAACGAUGCAACUUUUUUUUUUUCAUCGUUCUUCUGAUCCUUACAUAUUCAAUGAUACUUUUUUAUGUUUUUGGUGUGAAGACGUUUGCUAAAUAAUACCAAUGAAAUUCAUCCGCCAAUCCGAUGUCAUGCGGGGAGAUAAAAAUCCCAAAGUGUCCCCAAAUUCUCCAAAUGUGCAUGUGGCCUUUACCAAGUCUUACUAUUUUGCCUGUUACAGCAGAAGCAUGCGCAUGAAAAUAGUCCAAAACAACAUAAACUAUCUAAUAUUUAUUCAAACGUACUAAUCCCAUUGCUGUUUGUAAUUUCAAUUAUUUAUUUUUUUUAAAUCACUUGAAUGUUCUCAGUCUCUCGUUUAUACUUAUGCAUCUAUUGUAAAUAUGACCGUAUGAAGCAAAUAAUGGACUUUUCCGGACUUAUACUAUGCAUUAAGCUGAUAAGGUUAUUUUGACAUUUGUAAAGAUUUUGUUACAUCUGUAGCCUCCCAGAACAUAUUGUACACUCAUCUAACGCAUCAUUAGGUACACUUGGGUCGGAUUCUAACUCUGUUCAAGUCGUGUGCGCUUGUGUCCUUGGGCAAGACACUUGACAUACGAGCCGAUUGUGCUGGUGUGCUUCUACUAAUGGGUCGAUUGUUCCCUUUGUGCUGUUUUAGUGGAUUAUUAGAGCCAUUGUUAGACACACCGAUGAUGAUGUAGAACCUUCAUGACGUUUUUCCCUCCUUUGUGUACAGAAUUGGAUUACACUUUCUUGUAUUUUACACUAAGCGUGUCUUCCGUUGCAUCACGAGUGCCUUGACAUUUUUACGAGUGACACCAUGUUUGUUGGUGUGAAGUGGUGACGCGGGAUGUGAUGUCAGAAGUUUUCUUCCCCCAUUACGUAGUGCAGAAACGUACGGCUGGAUAAUGGUGAAAAUUAUUUAUCCAGCCGUAUGUUUUCUAGAGCGCUUGUCCUUCCUAGCCAAUCACAUCGGGGCGAAGCGGAGAUAUUUUAAGACGUUGUCAUUUCACAGCAUCCACAUGACAUCAUUGCCGCAUCAUUACCGUAUUUCCUCAACUAGUGGCCUUUUUUUUUUUAAAUGAAGCAUCUCAAAACAACUCAAAAUAAAUCAGUCACACCCUUGUAUAUGCAUCUUGACAGAUUGUGUUCAGAGAGCCAUUACUAAAUUGCAUAGAUGCUAAUUGUUAGCGCGUGUAUCUAUUGACGCAUACUAGUUGAAGCUAUCUGAUUGUUCUAGCAGCAUCAAACCUCUUUUUCAAGAAUAUUUCCAGCCUUAUUGUGAUAAAAAAAUCUAUAUUCUACUUUACUAAUUUUAUUGAUUUAUUUUUAAGGAAGCAACGAAUUGGGACACCCCAUUUAUUUGAGCAAAGACCAGUGCAUAAAAUCUCUUUUUCAAGAAUAUUUCCAACCUUAUUGUGAUUUUAAAAAAAAUAUCUAUAUUCUUCUUUACUAGUUUUAUUUAUUUUUACUAUUUUAUUUUAUUUUAUUUUAAGGAAGCAACACAUUGGGACACGCCAUUUAUUUGAGCCACUGUAGUAGCAAAAUUUCUUUCACGUAUUUCAUUAAUUAAACCAAUUCUUUGUGCGGGCAGCCUUAGAUUUUCUGACUCGUAUCCUUAUCCAAUGCAUUCCCGUCAUGACUUCGCAAUACUCACAGACCAGUUGAGUUUCAUUUUGUUUUCUUUCAUUCUUGAACGUCUCUGUUAAUUCCUUUCCACGAUCGGGUUUGCAUGCGCGUCGUGGUUGGCUUUCCGCCUAAAGUUUGACGGGCUUUAUGGUUCUUGCGUUUCAGGAUCGUGCGCUUAAGUUUGCUUUCCGAGUGUCAUUUUGAUACAACUCGUGAAGAGGUUCACGGUGAAUUGACUUGAUCAAACACCGUCGAUUUCACAAGGUCUAAAAACUUUCUGUCCGUGCACUUCCGGGGGGGCGUCUUUUAUUCUAAUAGAAAUCCACAAACCAAGCAAAUCAGCGUACUUAAAUCAUAACUCAUCAACAAACUAUACAAACAAAUUAAAAACUAAAUUAAUACUAAACAUUCCUCUGACUUAUUAAACCCCAAAGAUAUUCAUCAAAAUGAUUUUUUUAAAUGAUUUGGCUCUAACAACCACUAUUUGAGGAUAUACGGUACAUCCGAUUUUAUUGAAAACGUACACACGUUCAUUUUUCAUCCCUAUACACAAAAAUUGUGUAUUAUAUUUGUGCGGUCGUGGUUCUUUGUAGUAGCGGCCGAUGCUGCCUUGUGAUGGAUGGGUGUAGUACAUAUGGAUCACAUCUUUGUGCGAGUAGCAUCGCCGUUUUGGGAAAACAACGUCCAGAAUCUGUCUGCACUUUAUAUUUUUGUAGAUAAUAUAUAUUUAUUUUUUAUUUAUUACUGUUGAAUAAAUUAUUGUAUCACUCUGAAAAUGCGUCACUUUUUCCGUGUCUUUCUUUAUCAAUUUUGGAAAACCAAGACCAAAAGUAUUUUCUUUCUAAACACAUCUUUACAUAUCACCUUAACAUAAAGAACAGACUACAAAAACAAGAGCUUACAUUUUUUUAUAACUCAAUAAAAACCAGUCUGUGAGACAUUUGGAAUUACCUUUAAAAUUAAACACCAAAAAUAAGGAUGUAAUUAUUACAGCAAAGUCAGAAUCCAGUGCAAU